UGACUGGGGGGAGAUGGACAGAGAGGUGUCCCCAACCCUGGUCCCUGGUGUCACUGAUGUCACCAUGUCCCCACAGGACCUGGGGACAUGGAGAGAGAGUUGUCACCAACCCCUGGUGUCACUGAUGUCACCAUGUCCCCAGGUGGCCAGGGGACAUGGAUGGAGGGAUGUCCCGAGCCCCUGUCCCUGGUGUCACCGAUGUCAUCAUGUCCCCACAGGACUUGGGGACAUGGCAGAGGAGUGUCCUCAACCCUGGUGUCACCGUGUCCCGACCUGGCUGGGGGACAUGGACAGAGGGAUGUCCCCAGCCCGGGUCCCUGGUGUCGCUGAUGUCUCCGUGUCUCCAUGUGGUUGGAGGACAUGGACAGAGCGAUGUCCCCAACCCUGGUGUCACCAAUACCACCAUGUCCCCUUGUGGCCAGGGGACGUGGAUGGAGGAGCAUCCCCAACCCGUGCCCCUGGUGUCACCGAUGUCACCAUGUCCCCACGUGGCUGGAGGACGUGGAUGGAGGAGUGCUCCCAACCCUGGUCCCCGGCGUCACCAAUGUCACCGUGUCCCCACAGGACCUGGGGACGUGGACAGAGGGAUGUCCCCAACCCCGAUGUCACCAACAUCACCGCGUCCUUCCAAGGCUCAGGGACACCGUCAGGGGGCUGUCAUCCCCCCCAUCCCCCCAAUGUCACCGCAGGGUUUGGGGUGACGCUCAUCCUGAGCGCUGAGCUCGGGGUUUGGGGCCGAGAUGGGUGCGGGUUUCCCGGGGGGGGGAAGGGGGGCAGGGCUGGCUGCCUCAGGAGCUGCUCUGCCGCCUCAGCCCUCUCUCCCGUGUCACCUUGCUCCCCGCAGACCAUCGCUGACAUCAUCCGCACGUGCCUGGGGCCGAGGGCCAUGAUGAAGAUGCUCCUGGACCCCAUGGGCGGCAUCGUGAUGACCAACGACGGCAACGCCAUCCUGAGAGAGAUCCAGGUGCAGCAUCCCGCCGCCAAGUCCAUGAUCGAGAUCAGCCGCACCCAGGACGAGGAGGUCGGGGAUGGGACCACGUCCGUCAUCAUCCUCGCUGGAGAGAUGCUGUCUGUGGCCGAGCACUUCUUGGAGCAGCAGAUGCACCCGACCGUCAUCAUCGGCGCUUACCGCAAAGCUCUGGACGACAUGAUCACCAUCCUGAAGAAGAUCGGCACCCCCGUGGACGUGAACAACAGAGAGAUGAUGCUGAAAAUCAUCAAGAGCGCCAUCAACACCAAAGCCAUCAGCCGCUGGUCCGAGCUGGCCUGCACCAUCGCCCUGGACGCCGUCAAGACGGUGGAGCUGGAGGAGAACGGGCGGAAGGAGAUCGACAUCAAGAAAUACGCCAAAGUGGAGAAGAUCCCGGGCGGUUUCAGCGAGGACUCGUGCGUGCUGCGCGGGAUCAUGGUGAACAAGGACGUGACGCACCCCAGGAUGCGGCGCCUGAUCAAGAACCCGCGCAUCGUGCUGCUGGAUUGCUCCCUGGAGUACAAGAAAGGGGAGAGCCAGACCGACAUUGAGAUAACGCGGGAGGAGGACUUUGCACGCAUCCUGCAGAUGGAGGAGGAGUACAUCCAGCAGAUCUGCGAGGACCUGAUGAGGGUGAAGCCGGACCUGGUCAUCACGGAGAAGGGGAUUUCUGACCUGGCCCAGCACUACCUGAUGAGAGCCAACAUCAGCGCCAUCCGCAGGGUGAGGAAGACGGACAACAACCGCAUCGCCAGGGCCUGCGGGGCGCGCAUCGUCAGCCGCACGGACGAGCUGCGGGAGGAGGACGUGGGCACCGGCGCCGGGCUCUUCGAGGUGAAAAAAAUCGGGGACGAGUACUUUGCCUUCAUCACCGACUGCAAAGACCCCAAGGCCUGCACCAUCGUCCUGCGCGGGGCCAGCAAGGAGAUCCUCGCGGAGGUGGAGCGCAACCUGCAGGACGCCAUGCAGGUGUGCCGCAACGUGCUGGUGGACCCGCAGCUGGUGCCGGGCGGUGGGGCCGCGGAGAUGGCCGUGUCCCACGCGCUGACCGAGAAAUCCAAGGGCAUGACGGGCGUGGAGCAGUGGCCGUACCGAGCGGUGGCCCAGGCGCUGGAGGUCAUCCCCCGCACGCUCAUCCAGAACUGCGGCGCCAGCACCAUCCGCGUGCUGACCUCGCUGCGGGCCAAGCACACCCAGGAGGGCAGCCAGACGUGGGGGGUGAACGGGGAGAGCGGGGCCCUGGCCGACAUGAAGGAGCUGGGGAUCUGGGAGCCCCUGGCCGUCAAACUGCAGACCUACAAAACGGCCGUGGAGACCGCCGUCCUGCUGCUGCGCAUCGACGACAUCGUGUCGGGACACAAAAAGAAAGGCGAAGAGCACGGCAAGGCGCCUGCGCCCACCGAGGCGGCCCAGGAGUAGUGGGGCUGAGCGCCGUGGGGCUGAGCGCCGUGGUUUCUCCCCCCACCGUCCUGAGGUUGGGGCAAAGGCCCCGAAGUUUGGGGGCUGGGGGAGGGGCAGAAGGGGAACGUGGUGAAAGGGCCGGGGCCCAGGGCCCGUGUUCUGGGUGGAGAUGUUGGUGUUUAAUUUAAGUUUGUCUGUAAUUCCUCCUGGCAGUUUGCCUCAACAAUAAAAGGCAUCACGGCUCGGGGGGGUCCUUUAGCAUCUGCUGAGGAACAGC